GUGAGUGUUAAUGUGCAUAUGGAGCGGCCGCUCGCAGCCAACGAUAUCUGAGCCUCAACGCCGCAACGCAGAAGCUUCCAAGGUCAUUUCAGGAUUUUUGUUUUUCCAAUUUGGGAGCAAAACCUUCAGGGGAACUGUCAUGGCUCCCAGUUUGGCUCAGGCCUACCGAAGAAGAUGGUGGAUGGCGGUCACAUCCAUCAUAGAGAACCUCUUCUUCUCUGCCGUCCUGCUGGGUUGGGCCUCGCUCCUCAUCAUGCUGAAGAACGAGGGCUUCUACUCCCACCUCUGCAUAGAAAAUGAGACUUUUGCCACAAACAGGAGUUUGGUGGCGGGCGGCAAAUGGCCCAGCUGUGUGGAGCAGGAGGAGUUGCUGAAUCUCGGCUUCACCAUUGGCUCGUUCUUCCUGAGCGCCGCCACGCUGCCUCUGGGAAUCCUGAUGGAUAAAUUUGGACCCCGACCAAUCAGACUCAUCGGCAGUUCCUGUUUCGCAGCGUCUUGUGCAAUGAUGGCUGCCGCUGCGUACGACCCUGAAGUGCUGUCAAUCCUCAUUUUCUUCGCUGUUUCCUUCAAUGGUUUUGGAGGAAUCUGCUUGACCUUCACAUCCCUCAUACUGCCUAACAUGUUUGGAAACAUCCGAUCGACCAUCCUUUCCCUCAUGAUUGGCUCCUACGCUUCUUCAGCAGUCACCUUCCUGGGAAUCAAGUUGAUUUAUGACCUUGGUGUGUCGUUCCGGCUCAUCAUGUGGGUGUGGACGGGUUUGGCCUGCUUUGUCAUCCUCAACUGCUUCCUGAACUGGCCGGGUGAAUCCUUCCCAGCUCCAGAAGACAGCAGAUACACUAAAAAGAUGAGAAUUAAUGGAGUUGUGACAGAGGACAGGGUGACCGGGGACAGGUACGUCACCAAUGUGAUGAUCAUGGAGGACACAGUGAGCCCCAAACCACAAGAAUCUGAAAAGAGACACUCCGAAAACGCCUCUACGGUUCCAAUCUGUCGGUCUGUGUGCUCUCCCAUCUUUCUGUGGAGCGUUGUGGUCAUGGCAAUCACUCAGCUCAGGCUGAUCUUCUUCAUGGGAGCCAUGAAUAAGAUGAUUGAGUUCCUGGUCACUCAUGGCGACCCCAACCCCUCGGUGGAGCUACGGAAGGAGGCGGAGGACCAAGUGGCUUUCUACUCGUCCAUCUUUGGUACGAUGCAGCUUCUGUGUCUGGUGACGUGUCCUAUGAUCGGCUACAUCAUGGACUGGAGGUUGAAGGAGUGUGAAGAGGAACAUGUAAACAUAUCAACAAGCAAAAGCAACUCAGCGCCCCCAAAGAGAGACAGAAAGAUCCAGAAACUGACCAAUGCCAUCAGAGCCUUCAUCUUCACCAACUUCCUACUGGUCAUGUUUGGAGUUAUUUCCUUGAUUGACAACUUGCCCGUACAGGUGUUGUCCUUUGCUCUUCACACCGUUGUCAGAGGAUUUAUCCACUCCUGCUGUGGAGGCCUCUAUGCAGCAGUGUAUCCAGCGAACCACUUUGGGACUCUGACCGGUUUCCAAUCAACAAUCAGUGCAGCGUUCGCCUUGCUCCAGCAGCCGCUCUUCAUACUGAUGGUGGGGUACCUCGGCGGAAACCCUUACUGGAUCAACGUUGGCCUUCUCAUCCUCUCCCUGGUCGGCUUCCUGCUGCCAUGUUAUCUUUUCUACCACCGGAGAGGCCUAAUCAGAGAGAAGGCGCAGCUAGAUGUGAUUGCUGCCUGCCAGUCUGAGAAGGAGAAAGAAGAUCUUAUCCAGUCAAACUGUGAAGACGAGGGGUCUUCAAAAUAUGGAAACAUACCCAAUGGGAAUACUGGUUAACUGGUUACAAUGACAUGAUCACUUAUUGUCAGCAAUGUUAUUAUUUUGACUAUGACUUAUGUGUUUCUGAGAAAAGAAAAACAUAAGUCCUAAAGAUAAAUACCCAACGAAAUAAGCAAAACCAAGAUUCCAGAUUGAAAAUGUGCUCUUCAUUAGGGCUGGACGAUAUGGCUGAAAAAAAAAAAAGAAAAACAAAGCUUUGCCUACAUCUCCCAGAAUGCCGUGUGGUUCUGGACCAGAGUUCCGUGAACAUGUUAUUAAACAAUUUAUCUAUUGUUUAUUGCAAAAUUUAUUGUCACUGAUUUAUUGUCUCUUAAUAGAACUACAAUAAUUCUGAAAGCUAAAAUUGAUUGCAUUUUGGAUUUCAAUUCACGGCAAAACUAGGGAGAUAAAUACAUUUUCAUCGAUUAAUCAAAUUUUCUGGUUUUGGAUAAUUAAUUUUUGGACAAUCUGGAUUUUUCUUUUUCACCAAUGCAUUCAUAAACCAGAUGGAUGUUAGCUCACCCCAGAACUGGAAAGCACGUUUUACAGUUUCUAUUUAUUUUGACUUUGAAUUCAGGUUAACUCAAAAAAAGAAUGAUUAAAAUAAAAGCCGGUUUUUAAGAUAUUUUCUGCCAUUUCUUUUCUUCUUUUUUUUAAGGAAAAGAGUGACGUAAAUAAUAUCAACUAUUUGAUUUUAUUUCAAAAAUAAAAUAAAAUCUGGUUAUUUUUUAGCCAUAUCGCCCAUUCCCAGUCAAAACCAACAGUCAGAUGAAGAAUCAACUUGUAUUUUUUCUUCAUUACAAAUUUAGAAAAAAAGAUAAAGCGGGACCAUUAUGGCAGAACUUCAUCCUUUUUUGUUGUUUUUUUUGUUGUUGACUGCAUUCAUUGUUGUCACUUAUCAUGUUAUAUUAAUAACUAGGCUUUCAAGGUUUUUUGUGUGUAAAGUAGUGUAUUUUGUAUUAUUGAGGCCAAAUGUAUAAAUAUUGAUGUGCAAAUGCUACAACAUCACUGACUGGGACAAUUAAAAAAUAUAUUAUCCCAAUGUC